AUGGCUGAGAACAACACCCCCUUCGUCUCUGAGGACUGGCAUGAGGAGUUCGACAACCUCAACACCUUCAAGCGGGGUGUAGCAUCUACCAGUUCCAGCGUUUACGGUAAUGACGAUUCCGGCGACGAAGACUCUAGCGAUUACGCGAGUGAUGACUCUCGCCAUGACGACGGCUAUGCCAGCGAACACUCCAGCGCCGACGAACUCAACCUCAACGCCUUGGGCAUUACUGGUUUGAGCAACAGCGGCCCCAGCAGCAAGUAUUCCAGCAGCCGCCCUUCAAGCAGGGACUCCAACUCCGUCGCUGGUUCGGAGAUUUCCAACGAACAAGUCCUCGACAAUGCGCCUCUCCUAGGAGGUUUCCCAUUUCUUCCAGACUUUCCCGAGGAAUUUGUCAAUCUCUUCAAGAUUGUUAACCGCGAAUCCGUUCCAGGGGCUCUCAGCGUCGACAUGGUGGCAGAACUCGGAAUUAUUCUCAUCUUGCCUCCUCGAUUCGUCCGACCAGGCAUGAUCACCCGACCCUAUGAUGCCACUCAAUCGCCCGGGGAAGGUUUCCGUCUCUCCAUGGCCUUCGCUCCUAACGGAAAAAUCACCGGAGAAUUGGCUGAUGCAGCAUUUGCCAUUGAGAUUCAUGAUGCCGAAAAGUAUCAGGGCAGCAUCGGUAAUGGACGACGCUGGGAGACUGUGAAGCAUAUGCUCGAGGAGAUGCGUGCGUCGCUUUAUCCCUCGCGUGAGUCUGAUGAGUGA